CCUACGCCGUGCGCCAAAGUUAUCACUUAAACACCCAACCUCCAUGCAGACUUUGUCAUCAAAAACUACCAGAGCUUUUAGGAAAACGCUGCAAAGAAUUAAGCAACCUUUGCGCACUUGAGAGUUAAGGGACACCCUCCUCCCUCUCUCUGUACACACACGGUGUACCUUUUUCUCAGCAGUCCUGUUUCGCUCAUGCUCCCCACCGUGCUACAUCAGAAGUAAGUGUGUUUUACGGUUUUGGGGUCUUUCGUUUUCAGAGAUUCGUCCGUUUGGAUGAGUAUAGGCCUAUUUGUCUUUUUUCAUUUUUUAUUUUUUUGUUGAGUGGACUGCACUUUUUUAUUUCAUCGUCAAAACAAUUACCACAAACAAGUCUCGACUUAGUUUAGCCGAUGAAAUAUUGGCCUUGUUUUUCCUGCUACUUUUAGCUGUAGAAUGCAGUCGUCUUUGCCAGGAACAGUACCGCGAAUGAUGCGACCAGCGCCUGGACAAAACUAUCCGCGCACUGGCUUCCCUUUGGAAGUGUCAACUCCCCUGGGUCAAGGUCGGGUAAACCAACUCGGUGGAGUGUUCAUCAACGGAAGACCACUGCCAAAUCAUAUCCGACACAAGAUAGUGGAGAUGGCCCACCACGGUAUCCGUCCCUGCGUGAUCUCUCGACAGCUACGAGUUUCCCAUGGUUGCGUGUCCAAAAUUCUUUGUCGGUAUCAAGAAACAGGAUCAAUCCGACCCGGGGCAAUAGGAGGAAGCAAACCCAGACAGGUAGCAACGCCCGAUGUGGAGAAACGGAUUGAGGAGUACAAGCGCGAGAAUCCCGGCAUGUUCAGCUGGGAGAUCCGAGACAAGCUGCUGAAGGACGGGGUGUGUGACAGAAGCACAGUUCCUUCAGGUGAGGCCUCAUCUGUGAGUUCCAUUAGUCGUGUUCUGAGAGCUCGAUUUGGGAAGAAAGAUGACGAAGAAGAUUGUGAUAAAAAAGAUGAAGACGGAGAGAAGAAAACCAAACACAGCAUCGAUGGCAUUCUUGGCGAUAAAGGUAGCCGUAUGGACGAAGGCUCAGAUGUGGAGUCGGAGCCGGACCUUCCCCUGAAGAGGAAACAGAGGCGCAGUCGCACCACUUUCACGGCCGAACAGCUGGAGGAGCUGGAGAAGGCCUUUGAGAGGACACACUAUCCCGACAUCUACACCAGAGAAGAGCUGGCCCAGAGGACCAAGCUCACAGAGGCCCGUGUACAGGUGUGGUUCAGCAACCGACGGGCCAGAUGGCGUAAGCAAGCGGGAGCCAAUCAGCUGGCGGCGUUCAAUCACCUGUUGCCAGGUGGAUUCCCAGGCAGCGGUAUGCCCACGCUACCCACCUACCAGCUCCAAGAUUCCGGUUACCCCACAACCACACUAUCACAAGACGUUAGUGGCACGGUUCACCGCCCUCAGCCAUUACCACCGUCCACCAUGCACCAGGGAGGGCUGUCGGGCGGGGAUGGCGGCUCGGCCUACGGCCUGUCGUCCAACCGUCAUGGCUUCUCCAGCUACUCCGACUCCUUCAUGAGCCCCUCGGCACCCAGUAACCACAUGAACCCCGUCAGCAACGGCCUCUCCCCACAGGUGAUGAGCAUCCUGAGUAACCCCAGCGGCGUGCCCUCACAGUCCCAGCAUGACUUCUCCAUCUCGCCCCUCCACGGCAGCCUGGAGUCGUCCAACUCCAUCUCGGCCAGCUGCAGCCAGCGCUCCUCAGACCAGUCCAUCAAGACGGUGGACAGCAUGGCCUCCUCCCAGUCCUACUGCCCUCCCACCUACAGCACCACCAGCUACAGUGUGGACCCUGUUACGGCCGGCUACCAGUACAGCCAAUACGGACAGACUGCUGUGGACUACCUGGCGAAGAACGUGAGCCUGUCCAGCCAGCGGAGGAUGAAGCUGGGAGACCACUCAGCCGUCCUGGGACUACUCCAGGUGGAGACGGGACAGGCCUACUAGAUUAGUCGCACUACAGUCCCCCAUCUCCCCCACACUAGCCCCUUGACCUGCUACUGGCGCCUCUCCCUCACCCCUAUCUCUCUCACCGCCACCUCCAUCACCAACGGGAGAGCCAGAAGUGUGUGUGUGUGUGUGUGUGUGUGUGUGUGUAUGUGCAGACGUGUUUCUGUUUUUGUGUGUGUUUGUGGGAGAGAGACAAGACAGAAGAUCAAAGCACUUGUAGUCUCGAAGAGAGAAAUGGACUGAAAUUGAAGCAGCCAUUCCAGGAGGAGGAGCAGGGAGCUGUAGCUACAGUCUCUUUCCACUGUUCAACCAUUUCACAAUUCCUCCUCUCAUCCUCAACCAAGAGACCCUUACAGGGCUAUGGCGAGCUAGAGGGGAAUGAGCUCCUACUGUCUUGGGCCCCAUAUUGAAAUGGCCUGCCCGACCUACGCUACCAAGAGUUAGCACAUGCAGGCCGAACAAGUGUAGCUUAUCUUUCAUUCCCAAGUUUUUGGACCAGGUCAUUUGUUACGGUACUUAGCUACUGGUGUUAUAAUUCUAUUUGUCAUUAUAACUGUGGCUGUUCCUAUUGCUGUUCAAAAUUAUAAUUAUUGUUACAAUGUUGUUUACUUUCCAUCUUGUCAAAGAUUUCAUUGGCGUUUGCUGGUAUUAUUUGAACAGAUGAUUUAGAGGAGCUUACAGAGAAAGAAGGGAGGGGGUGAAAGAGAGAGAGAAAGAGAGGGAGGAGGGGCUUACGGAGAAAGAAGGGAGGGGGGUGAA